CAGGCCGGGACGCGUCCCUGAUCGUGUACGAAGAAUUACUUCGUACACCUGGAGCUCGCCUCCCUCCAAAAAGGCACUUCACGACUUCCAGUGUCGGAAAUCCUUGAAGCUUCCCGUCUCAACAAGAUACGAACAAAGAUGCCCGUCGUAUCAUGACGGGUGCACCGGCGACCCUAUAUCCACAGUACUGCUUCGACCUCGCCCCUACAUCCAACACAUGGUGUCUAUUGGAUGCGGCAUCAAUUCAUGACCUCGACUCCCACCCGGGCUUUGAAGGCCAAAACGUCUACUUCCACGGUAACUUGCCGAUCAAAUGGAUCCGGAUCGUCGGCGUCGUGGUUGCCAUCGAUGAUUUCCCCGGGCGUCGAGUCUACACGGUCGACGACAGCAGCGGCGCUUGCAUCGAAUGCAACGUGGUCGUGAAACGAUGCGCCCUAACCGAAAUCGUCGACGACAAGAGUACAACAAGCGCUGAUGCGGCUGCCAGCGCACGGGCACGGGCACGUGCGUCUCUGUCUGAGCCACGGCUGGAAUACCAACAACCCGGAUGCGAGAACGUCGACGUCGGCUCGGUGGUCGAUGUUAAGGGUAGCGUCGCUCUAUUCCGAGACGAGAAGACGGUCAAGAUUGAGAAGGUCAGGGUGCUACGGUCCACGGAGGAGGAGGUGGCGCUCUGGGAGCGGCGUGCGGCGUUCCGGAGGGACGUGCUCUCCAAGCCGUGGGUUCUCACCGAGAAGCAGGUGAGGCGUUGUCGGCGGGAGGCGGAGGGUAUGGACGAGUGGAACAGGAAGAGGGAAGAGAGGGAGAAGAAAAGGGCGGAGAGGAGGGGUGGAGGCGAGACUGAGACAGCGGGCAAGACUACUACAGUCCCUUACGUGAACAAAGGAAGUUACGGACUUGCUGAUGCGGCGGAGAUUGAGGUGGAUGGGUUUGCGAGGCCCAAGAGGCCCAAGAAUGGUCGGGCGCCGGCACGGCAUGAACACCAAUUACAGAUCCGGGAUAGCUCCGGGGAGAGGAGUUCACGAGUUGGUGUGGAGGAGACUCAGAGGGGAAAGUACAGCGCUCUCGGACUAUGAGGUCAGGUCUAGCUUCGAGGGUGGUGGUUAUGGCGUUUCUGCAACUUUUUAAUCCUUAGGUGGGAGAUACCCUUACAAUGAUACCGUUGUACACGCUGACGCUGCCUUGACUGAAAGCAUUGAAUACUUGAGCGAUGUGGUUAUCGUGACACUCUGUGGUGGUAUAUACACGUAGUCCUAUCACGGGAAGGACCUUAUACACCGUGGCCAAUGCCUCAUGAAACGAUGCCACGAAUGCAAAUUCGCUAGACUGGAAUUCCAACGAAGUGAGUCUGGACAGUGCCAAGAUGGGGCAAUCUGAAUGCACG